UGUCAGUUUACUGAUUAGUUGCACACAAAAAAGUCAAUAUAUAUAUUUCUUAACAGGUUUCUGGAAUAAUAACAAUAAUAAAAAAUACUUAGAGAGGCAUUUUCCUGAUAGGAAAGCAGAAAUCCAGAGUUUUCAAAAUGCAUUGAACACCGCACAACAUCCUGUCUGCCCACUGCUUCUUCCUGUCCGCUAGCGCUGAGCUCUCAUGUUCUACAGUUAAGCUUUUUUGGGCACAUUUCUCUCACUUAUAACACUGUUAAAAGCAAAAAAUAACAAAGAUGGCAGAAGCCAUUCAGAAGAAGUUAAAAGCGGAAGUUGAAAAGUAUGCACAGACGCAGAAAGAUGUCAGUAAGAGCGUUUCAGCCCGACAGAAGCUGGAGACACAGAUGGCAGAGAACAACAUUGUUAAAGAGGAGCUGGAUCUGCUGGACAGCUCAAACACCGUCUUUAAGCUCAUCGGCCCUGUGUUGGUGAAACAAGAUUUGGAUGAGGCUAAAGCCACGGUAGCAAAACGACUGGAGUACAUUAAUGGAGAAAUUCAGAGAUACGAGACGCUCCUGAAAGACUAUCACAAGAAAUCUGAACAGCAGCGAGAGGUCCUGACCAGUUUACAGCAGGACCUGCAGAAAGCCCAAGGCCUCACUCCUGGAAAAGUAUGAUCUGGGGACCCUGGCGUAUUUCAAGCAUGCUGAACACCCAGCCGAGGGAGGAUGACGCAAAGAAAUCCUGUUUCAUGAGUAAAUUCUGCUUGUACCUUGUCGUUAAUUUGCAGCGUUCUUACUGUGACUGUUUUGAUGUUACUAAUAAACAUUUGUUUUCCA